AUGGUCAAAACUGUAAAAACUACUAAAAAAUCUCGUGCCAACGAGCCAAUGUGGAUUUCGAAAAUCAAUCGGAAAAUGAGGUAAACUUCUUUUUUUCCUCUUAUUCAAAAAAUCCUAUUUUCUAGUUUCCACAAAUUCCGCGAAAACACCAAUCAUUUUCGUGCAAUCGGUCAGGAUUUCAGUCGAAUUAUCAGAAAUUUCAAGGAAAUUUCCGAAAAUGAGGAGAAAGUAUAUGAAGUGACUGUGGAAACUUGGUCGAAAGGAGAUGCCAAAAUUUGGGUUCCUUUGAAAUAUGUCCAAACAACUGGAGAAAUGUUGGAGAAAUUUGAGAGGGAACAAGAGGGAAAUGAAGUGAGUUGGGAGGCAAUUUUCGAGUAAUUUUUAAAACGUUUUAGUGACCAAUUUUCAAACAUUGAAACUCAAUCAAAUCAAAAAUCACCUGAAAAAGUUAUGACGUGGAAAAUUGUUUAUUUUUCUUAAUAGAAUGAUGUAUGUUUCAAAAAACAAAAUUUAUGAAAUUUGAUUUCGUUGUUUAGCAGAUCAAUUCUAAAACGUUCAAUAUCCGGAAUUCCAGAUUUUUGAGAAAAUUUAAUAACGAAAACUAUCACUAUAUUUUCCUGGUAAUAGAUUUGUUUUUUCAUCAAAUCUUUUGGUGAUUUCUGAAGUCAGAAACAGAUCGAGAAACUUAAAAAUAUACCAAUUUAUUUUGAAAACAAAAGUUGUUCUAACAAAAAAAAUUGGCUUGAAAUUUUUCAAAUUUCCACAAAUCCCUCCAAUUUUUCUAGGUCGAAGAAUCAACAAUUAUCGAAAACGAUGUGACAAUUUCCGAAUUCAUUUAUCAACAACAAAAAUCUUCAAGUGAUUCAGAAGCUUCAGAAAUUUCAAGCAUUAAAAGCGGCAAAAGCAACACUUCUUGUUGA